GAAGAAGAAACGGAGGAAGAGUUGGAAGAUCUGCCUGAAACGGAAAAGGAGGUGGAUCCCCUUCGUCAUGCGAGGAUCCGGCGUGAGAUAAACGGCAGGCCCUUCAGAGGCCGUGUGGAGGACAUUGAGCAGGGCAAGGUCUCUCAUGAAAGAUUGUACCGAAUAAGAUAUGACGAUGGCGAUCUGGAGCACAUGACCCUCGAGGAGGUGAGCCGGUUCGAGAUCGGAGAUGACUACAGCGAUCGCGGCAGCUGGUUCGGGAACUGCCGUGGCUACAAUGACUACGACCGCGAAAGCUACGACGGACCGUUGCUCACUGGUGAGGCGCAAACAGCGGGAAACCCGCUAGUGGCGAACCUGGAGUUGAGCAAGAUGGCCGUGGAACGCGCGAGGGCUCUUCGACCCAAGAGCUCCACUGUGUCAGAAAUGCUUGCGGAGCUGUGCUAUGCUCGUUGGAUCUUCCUGCGCAGCAACCGUCUACCUUUGGAGGCGCAGCACCUAAUUCGCUCGUUCCUGCUGAGCCCGACACAAGAGAUGGCUGGCCGAAGGAUUGUCGGCUUACAUAACGGGCAUGAUUUUGACUUCCACUCGAUGGCAAGCUUGCCGGCCGGCAAACUCAUGUGCCAAGUGGGCAAGGACGGGGACGGCUGUGUCGACAAAGUGUGGUCUUUGGCAGACUAUUGCACAAGCCAAGGCUGCCCUGUUUCCGAAGAAGCUCCCGUGGCUCUUGCUACCCGUGCUUUGUACGAUGACGAGACGCUGAUUCCUUUACCCGCUGAGUUUGCCGCGCUUGUUCCAGGCGAUGCGUCGCCUGCAGAGUCUGUCUUCGAUGACAUGGAGUCAGCCGACGGGUGGUUCGAGGACAUAGAGCUGUUCGAGGAAGAGGACAGCGGAGACAGUGAGCAGGACCAGGAGCACGAAGAGUGGCCGGCUCGCAGGCAAGGCAAGAUUCCACGAGACCCUGAGCGCCAUGUUCGACAGGGAGGCGAAAAAAGGGCUUGUGCACCACAGCUGCCACAGGAUGUUGAGCUGCGACACCAACUGGAGAGCGGCGACGUGGUAAGGCAAAAUGAUGGACGAUCCUGGAGCCACAAGAUUCGCGACCUUCUCCGGCAGGGCGCCAACCCGAUUCACUGCAUGACCCAUGCCGAGUCAAAGGAGCUGUCAACGUUCGAAAAGGUCGGCAAAGCGAAAGCCUCGAUGCAAACUCACCUGGACGACCUUCGUGCCGGCCGACUGUGCCGGCACCAAGCACACUUCUCGUACAGGUAUGCAAGCAACUUCGAGGCGAUCAAGAAGUCUGCACGAAACUUCAUGGAUCACCUGGGAAGCUUUGAUGAAGUCCUCGAACUCCUAGCGGCCGUGGUCAAGGUUUGGGAAAGAGCUGCUCCGGCCCCCGCCAUGUGCUGUUCCAAGGACUGCUUGCAUGGCCGUGGGGUCCUACGUCCCGACGCCGCCUGCCUGCUUCAAGCUCUGCAUGCCACUCCGUGCGCAGAGAACUCAGAUGAGACGGAGAUCCUGGCUUUGGCAGACAGGAUCUGGAACAUGCAGCAGACCUGGAAGGCAUCACCUCGACAACUGUGCUGCUGCAAAGCGGAGGAGGAAGCCAUGUUGGAGGAAGAUCAGCGAGCAAGGCAGCAGCGAAAGAAAGAUUUGGAGCGGCGAACCCAAGCAGAGCGCCAGCGGAAGCGAGCGGAACGGGCCGCACUUGCUGAAGAGCAGCUGCAUCAGAGGCUGUGUUCGUCCGAGCUCAAGAACGGCACUGGUCCGAGAUGCAACCUAUGCGGGGUGCGAGGCGAACACUUAUUCAGCAACACGCAGCUGAGGAAAGGCUAUCGCAAACGCUGCAGGCAGUGCAUGGAGGCUCAACAACUGGGUGUGGUUGAACGACACAUGUAA